CCGAUCUAUUGGUCAUCGUGCAAUUCAACAGAAACAGAAGCGAAAUCAUGUUCAGGCUAUUGAUACCAUGCCUAUUGUGGCUGUCAACGGUGCGCUCGGAAACCGGAAUGCACAUGGACAUGCCGGUCGAGUCGCUGGACAAAACGUCGGACGCCUCAAUGCUGAAGGCAAAGAGAGAUUCCAUCCACCAACCUUGCGAACCCAUCCAACAACCGCUCUAUCCACAUAUUCCCGCUUACUCACCACCGCCAGUCUACGUUAAGCCCCUGGUCCAACCAGCCUACUUGAAGAAAGAGCUGGGCAUAGCACCCUUAGCUCACCUGCAAUACAUCCAACAACCGCAAGCCUAUCCCUCCGUGAUGCAGAAACCGGCCAUCACGUACGUGAAACCGGCUACUCCAGUGGUGAACUACCACGCACAGCAUCAGUCGUUGCAAUACAUCAAACCCGUGAUGCCCUUCUAUCAGAGUCCCAUGCCGUCUUACGCGCCGAUUUACCAAAAGCCGCUGCAUUACGCACCUACGUACCAGAGCCCUAUAUACGACGAUGUGAUGCCGAAGCUCCUCCUAAAGAAGUACGAGGCACCCGCUGCUCAGAUACUGUACCAGAAACCGCUGGUCCAUGCGCCCGCCAUUCAGUACUCAACGCCGAAAGUGGUGCAUGUGCAGGCACCGCAGGUGUCCUACGUGAAACCUAUGGUCCAUGCACCGCCACCUGUGUACGCCCCACAACCGAUUCAUGACUCCAUUAUAGUUAAGCCUCAUUGUGCGUAG